UCCCAUAAUGACCGGCCUAAGAUGGUCUGUUUUUCUGGGCUUUUUCUUAAUCAGUUCGGCCCUCUGCCAACAGCAGUGCACUCGGAUGUACGACUUGCAGCCGAAUCGAGUCCUGAAUCUGACUAGUGCCAAUUAUCCUGGUGCCAUCCCCAGUGGCAGCAACUGCAGAUUUCGGCUGAGAGCUCCCAGCAAUCAUGUCAUUCAUCUAAGUUGCCGCUUCGAGGUGUUCCCGGACACCUGCGGCUCGGAGUUUCUGUUCAUUUCCCGGGACGGGGACUUGCAAUUUCGGGAUGCCGAACGCUAUUGCCGCAUGGGUCAAAUCACGAGGAUAUCCAACUUCCAGGCCAUGGCCUUUGCCUACUAUUCCAGCAAUAGCUUCAGCCAGCAACGGGCCAGGCUCAGUUGCCAAGCGGUGGCCCGCCAAGUGCCCUGCGAUUGCGGCUGGUCCUUUCCGGAGCGUAUUGCCAACGGAGUGGAGGCGGCCAAGCACGAGUACCCCUCGAUGGUGGGCCUCCGGGACUUGACCUCCAACCUGCCGAUUUUCUGUGGAGGCAGCAUAGUCAGCGAUCGGUUCAUUAUGACGGCAGCUCACUGUACGGCUCGCCAGCCGGUCGCUAGUCGGUUACUGGCCUUGGUAGGAGAACAUGAUCUUAGUACGACCAGCGAAUCUAUAUACGCCGCUCAGUACCGCAUUCAGAGUAUUAUAAACCAUCCAGGAUAUGCAGAAACCAAUUCAGGAAACAUCAAUGACAUAGCCUUGCUGCAAACUGUUACUCGUAUAGAAUGGUCUCGUGGUGUGGCGCCCAUUUGCUUGCCCAUUCGACAAUCUGACAACAACUUUAACUACCAGAAUGUGGACAUCCUGGGUUGGGGAACCCUGGGCUUUGCUGCCUCCAAGUCGAACACCCUUCAGAAGGCCACCUUACUGACCAUGGACAAUGGAGUGUGUCGGAGUCAGUACAAUUCCAGCAUAGCUCCGAGUCAACUUUGUACCUACGAUGCCACAGGACGAGGUCGCGACUCGUGUCAGUACGACUCAGGGGGUCCUGUGAUCCUGCGACAGCGCGACCGUAUGUUCCAACUGGGCGUGAUCAGUUUCGGACGAGCCUGCGGCCAGCCAUAUGCUAUUGGGGUCAAUACCCGGAUAACCUCGCACCUCAACUGGAUGUGGCGCUACUUGGGUGGUGGGGUUUGUGUUCGUUAG